AGAUGUGUCACAAAGAACAGGAAGGAUUCCAUGGUCUCCAACCCUCACCAGUCCCCUGCCUGCUUGUGGGCUGCUCAGCACAACAAGCCAGGCUGCGGCCUCCUCAGCUGCGAACCCCUACCCCAGGAAGGUUGCUGCUUACUGAGGGAAGUUAACUUGGUGUAGCUGGAUGGAAGGAACUGCCAACCUGGCAUCCUGGCGAGGAGGCCCUCUGCACCACUGCUUCUCAGCAUUCGGCCUCAUUUGGAGAGCGUAAGAGCCAACCCGCUCUACAGUAAGACACGCUGCAAGAGAAUAGGAAAGCUUACACAAUGAAUACCUGCCAACAUUGUUCUCGCUCCAGGAGCUCAUGGGUAACAUACUCCACUAGGAACGUUCCCCACCCUCGGAUGCUCUGCCACAUACAAGGGUUAAACAAUAGUCCGAUCUGUUCUGUAAGACACAGCUGUUUCAGAGAACUCCCAUAUGCUGGCAAAACAGCCAUCCCUGAGCAAAAAGCUGAUGGAGAGUGUGUGCUAAAUGGGAAUGCCAGAGGCAGCUCACCUGCCGACAACUGCCUUCCAAGGCUUGAGGCUUUCAUGCAGAGAGGGCCUGGCUCUUCACAGCUUGCGGCACAACAUGGAGAAGGACUUGCAAAUGUUCCAGAGAGGACUCAAAGUAGUCCCAAACCACCAGAAAAGCUUUUGAAAAAACGACCCCAAACCUCUGUACAACCUGCAACUGCCCAGGGAAUCCUCCAGACUCUCUCCCAGCCUUCUUCUGCAUGCCUCAACUCAAGUCACAGUCCUCGUGCCCAGCAGAACACAGAUUUUGACCUAAGCUACCUGCACUGGGAAAUAAAGGUGCUUGAAAAACUGAGAAAUGUUUUCCAGACAGAUUCGCUUACAGAGAUCCAGGAAUGGCUCUCAAAGGCAAGUCUAAAAGAGAAAGUCUUUAUGUCCAGGCUGAUUUACUCUGAACUGACUGGUAAAGGCAGGCUGAAUAACCAGCCACAUGCAAUGCAGGAGGGUGCAGGAGAGAGCACGAAUAUCCAGAGUUUGCUAAAGCCUCAGUCUCCUCAGAGAGGUCCAGAAGGAGAUAUAAAUAACAGGCCUUCAACUAACAGAUCAGAAGCAAGUCAAAACAUGAAGCAUGAAAUGGAUAAAGACCGUAUUUUGUUCUCAAGGGUGAGAAACAGAGGUCCAGCACAUGCAGACACAUCAUCUCCAGAGAAGAGCCAUGGCUGGCAAUGGAAACAAAGAGAUGUGCCCUUGAAUGCUGCCCUGCAGCACACCAAACAACAGAUAGCUCCCUCCCAAGGGAGGCCCAUAUCUUCAUAGCCAUUAAAGCAGCUGCAAGUCAUUUUCACAUACAGAAAUGCAUACUCUUAGCACUUACAGAUAUAAAAAUUAGAACAAAUGUAAAGAAA